CGCAACGUCGAAGCUCGACCUUCUGCACAGCUUCGAGUUCGUUCUUCACCAUGGAGCCCUCACCGCUGACGCGGGUGUCCAGGCCUGAGCUGUUCCAGCCCAAGAUCAUCAGCCUCUACGAAACGUUAUUCAAGGAAGACGAAGAAGAUGUCGAGCUCACCGAGGGCUUCUGGCAGGAGUUCUUCUUGCACCGCCCUGACUCGGCCGGCCUGAAGCGCAUACUGGGCUCCGUGUCCCCAGACGAGAUGCUACACCUCCAGGCGCAUUCGCAGCAACUCUUCCGUCGCGCGAUACAAAGGGCCAAGCAGGCCAAACCACCCUCGGACGAGGUCGCGCUCGAGACCCUGACAGUCUUCCUCGACGCCGCCCUGACGAAGAAGUACACGAACCCAAGCUCCGACAUCAUCUCGGUUCUCGCUGGGCUGCACGACGCAGACGCCGUCAUGACCGACUUCAUAGCUACGCUGGACACUGUAAUACGCACUGGACGCACGUUGCCCCUACGACGUAAAGCUGUUCGGGCUACACUCUCCAUAACCGCGGCCGGCUUCCACACAGCUUUGCCGUCAUAUUUCACACACCGCGACCUCUUUCCUCCGCUUAUGAAGUACGUCCAAGACACCGACGACAGCGCCCAAGUGCUGCCCGCGCUGUACCUCCUCGGCCUCCUUGCCAACUACAACAAGUUCGAGUUUCAGAAUCCGUAUAGACUGCGACUGGACGACUUCGUAAACGAUGCAAUCAUACGGGACAUGAUAACUUGCUUCGGUACCACUUGUCAAGAGGUCAGAGAUGCAUACGUGGCGAUCCAAGAUGACAUGCCAGAAGCGUGGUCAUUAGGCUCGACGUUGAGGACAAUUGGGCUGGGCGUACUUGCUCCAGGGUCGCGGCCGACGACACCCACACCAAACCCAGAGGAGACCAAGUCGCUGUUCGCUGCCUUGCCAGGGCCGGAGAUUGGUGUACUAUUAUCAACAUACGACUUCGUCAACGCGAACAAAGUCUUUUGCUUCCACCUGGCGUCACUACCUGCGGCGACAAAGGGAGCGCCUUCCCCUCUCAGCGCUUACCUGUCCAUGACCUCGUACCUGCUCCAGCACGCGCAUCGAUCGACAAGAUCUGCUCUGUACACAUACCUCUGUCUCUUCAUCCUGCAGAUACUAGUGGAAGACAAAGAGCUUGUGAAGCGGCUAUGUAGCGAUGAAAGCAAAUUGUCCGUCCGCAUGUGCCGUCAGAGACAGCCUUUGCUUCCGCAAGUUGCAGGCGAACGGGUCCCAGCUGCCGUCAUACUAGAUCUCAUGAUCGAUGGCAUCAAUCACAACCUGCGAAGACGGCUCGAUGUUGACUUUUACAUUCUCUCCCUCGGCAUCCUACUACGUCUUCUAUCAUAUCUCAGCCGCACCAAGACACGCAUCACCUACCAUUGGUCCGAACUGUGGAGAACACUCCUAUCGUUCCUCCGCUUCCUGACUCAAUAUGAGAGUGACAUCAAGUCAAACUACAAAUCCAGCAAGAUGAUCGACAUACUGGUCAAUGUCCUCGCAUUCGCUCUAUCAAGCGGCGAGAACUUCCUCCCAGACCCUGCCUCCUACGAUGAUCUCUUCUACAAGCUUGUCGAAACAGGCGACAUACUCACUAAGUUCCGCGACACUUUCGGAUUGGGCAGCUCAGGUGCAAUGCAGAUCCUGGUUGAUGUGUCUUCGCAUUACCAUUCUCUGCUAGCAGACGGCAAGAAGGGAAAGCAUUUCGGUCCUGAGGAGGUCAGCAUCGUGAUCAAGCAGGGAUAUGAAACUCUGUCUAUUGAUUCGAGCGAAGGAUUGGAUGGAUGGGAGAAAUUCCGUGAAGCUGAUUUCAAGUCGUUGCUGAAAAAGAUUGCAAGAGCGGCCGUGGAUGAUGCGAAAGCUUUGAACGAAGAACGGUAACGUCGCGCCUGCCUGACCAUGUUGCCCAUGCUCUUCCUUCGUAAGAUCGUCGGGUGUCGAGGCUUCCCUCUGCAUGUGUUUGUUUGGCAACCACGCACCUGCCCUGGCGGCCCUGGAGCGUAAACAA